CGUUCUCCACUGCAGACUGCGCUCGCGUCUGUGUUCUACAUGACGGCGCACCCGCGGAGUAUUUUGUAUUGACAUUUUUUUGGAGGAUUGCUCUUCAUUGAGAUGUGCACUAUGGGACUCGCCCCGCAAACCUUGCAGAGUUAAGUUUGCAUUACUACAGUUAUAUCAUCCGCAUCACACAAGGAUUACGUUUCCACUGUACACGCUUCAAUUGCGAAUGUUUUAAUUCUUCAUUAAUAAUUUUAUUGCAAGCACCGAAAUUCUUAGGCCCUUGAUUUUCCCUGAUAUUUAACUUGGAAGAGUAAAUAGCUACGCACUGAAAAUGCCAGUGUGAGUAAGCUGUUACGUGUUGAUCCAUUAAAAGCUACACACAAGGCGUUUAAUCUAUCACCUAUUUUGAAACAUUGUUCUAUAGCUAUGCCACAUUUUAAGCGUCGCUGAGUAAUGUUUAAAGAAUGGCACCAGCGAUCGAAAAAAGCGAUUCUCUUCAAAAGUAUUUUUUACAGUUAGAGCAAGUAUUUUCGUAUGCAAAGGCAAAAAUAACUAGGUAUGUUAAUAGGGUAACCACAGUUUAGAAAUACAAUACUGUUCCUGUUUGCCGUUGAUGCUUACUGCCGCAACCUUAUAUGAAGCACACCUUAUAUUUUACUCAGAUAGAACGGAAACAAUGGAGAGGCUAAGUACUUUACCUGGACACAAUUGUGAUUACUUAUCGAAAGGAUACUGGAACUUACGAUAUAUAAGUGAAGAUAAUUUUGAAUGGUGCAAAGGAUACCAGGAGUUCAAACCUCUUAUCACGAAGUAUGUGGGCAAAAAUGAUAGAGUGCUUAUACUGGGAUGCGGGAACAGCUCUCUAGGAGCAGAAAUGUUUAGCGAUGGUUUCCAAAAUAUUAUUAACAUCGACUUUUCAGAGGUGGUUAUUGAGAAGAUGACUAAGCGUUAUCCCCAAAUGCAAUGGUUUUGCAAAGAUAUGCGCACACUUGAGGGCGACGCCGAUUUAGGCCAAUUCGAUGUUAUCAUCGAAAAAGGAACGUUAGAUGUGCUGUUUGUUAAGGAUAAAAGUCCAUGGGAAGCUUCGCCAACAACCAAACACGACAUGAAAAGGACAACCGACAGCAUAUAUAGUCUACUUCGCCCUGGGGGCAGAUUUGUUUCGGUGACAUUCACUCAACCUCAUUUCCGCCUGAAGUAUUACCAGCAUGAAGAGUACAAGUGGAAGAUAAACUAUGAAACGUUCGGUGAAGGAUUCCACUAUUUCUUCUACGUUGCCACGAGAGAAUGCCCGUAAUUGCUGCGCCUAUGGUUACGAUGUAAAGCCGGUCGUUGCUCGACGUUGGAUUCGCCUCGAUUUUGCGGAUUACAUCCAUACCCUUGAUGACUUUGCCAAAGACCACAUGCCGCCCA